AUCACUUUUUCUUCGUUGAAAGAUAUCCCAAACAUUGUCUUGAGUGGCGAAUUUUGUGACUCGCGGUUCGUCCAACAUAACGUUGAAAAUUCACGGAGCAGAUCCGACAAAUUUGUGUAUUCAGUUUUCUGUCUGGUUGGGCUCUGUUCGUCGUCUCAGCCGUGGUAUCAUGAGUCAAUUGAGGAGAUUCAAGGCUACAGACCUUUUCAGUUUCAACAAUGUUAACCUAGAUGUUUUGACCGAGACGUAUAAUAUAUCCUUCUAUCUACAAUAUCUCGCUCGGUGGCCAGAUCUUUUUUCCGUGCAAACGACUGCUCAGGGAAACGUCAUGGGUUAUGUGAUGGGAAAGGCUGAAGGAACAGGAAAGAAUUGGCACGGGCACGUUACAGCAAUCACCGUAGGUCCCGAAUAUCGUCGGCUUGGAUUGGCUGAUGGAAUGAUGGAUCUCUUGGAAGAAGUGUCAGAGAAAACUUAUGAUGCCUGGUUCGUUGAUCUGUAUGUGCGAGUAUCAAACGCUGUUGCGAUUGGCAUGUAUCGCAAAUUUGGAUAUUCUGUAUAUAGACGGGUCAAAAACUAUUACGCGGGGACAAUAGACGAAGAUGGAUAUGAUAUGCGUAAACCGUUGAAACGAGACAAAAAAAGAGAGACUAUACGAGAGAAUGGAGAAAACGUACUUGUCAACCCAGAGGACCUUGACUCGUGGCGCUAAUGCUCAAUGUCGAUUAAAAAUAAAAUGUUCAGAUUAAACGCUAGACUACCUCGAAAAAAUUAGAAAUAUAAAGACAUAGGCUGUGAUCUCCUAUAUAAUCAGUUGGCGGUGUGCUUUAUUGUAUAUGUCUAGGUAACGGUAACGUUUUCGCCUUGAUGUUGGCUAUGGACUAUUCUAUAACUUGCUAUUUAAUGAGGUCCUCAG